GCAAGAGGAAAGUCAUGAGGUUGGUUUUAUUUGCCGCUGCCAGCCAUAGCCAACGACUGAUCUGCCAUCGCCAUAUUGCCCUGCUCGCGGAGAAGCCUUGUAGACUGCACGGAUGUAACUUUUCUCGGAGAAAAAUACUGUGGAAGGGCAUUCCAACAUGUCCUGUGAGACCACCCUAGAGCAUAAUUAUGGGCAGAAGUUGGCCCUUCCACCCCAUGUACAGAGGGUGGAUACAGCCUUAUGCUUGGAAAACUUCCUGAACUAUGUUGAAAAGAUGGUGAGCGCUCCAGUGGAUGAUAGUGAUGAUAGUGACUCAGAUAGUGAUCUAGACUUGCUGAAGCCUUCAGAAAGAGGCCCAGAUGGAAGUAAGGUGCUAAAUGGAAUCACCAUCACAAAAUCAGAGAGAAAAGCUGACAAGACUAGACUUUAUAAUUUUACAAAAGUGAAAAAAAGCAGGAAGUGGAUUAAGAAUAUCUUGCUGAGUGAUAGCUCAUCAGAUGAAGAUGAAGAGAGACCCAUCAGCAAUGAAGGCUUGCAGCAUAUGCUCAAGAUCCACAGAUGCCACAGGAAGUACCAGAUGCAGUUCUACCAGGACCCAGAGCUGCACCAGUUUCAGUAUUACAGUACAGGUCUUCUUUCUAACUAUGACAAAUUCCCAGAACAUAACAAACUUAUCGCUGGACCAAAAAAGAAAAUCUCGAAGGAAUAUAAAAAGAUGGAAAGAAAAAUGAAAGCUAAAUUGAAGAGACUAAAGAAAGAACAUAUUAAUGAUGGAUCAGAUCAUGAGGAUUCUGCUGACCUUGAUCCAAAGAUUUUGGAGGCAAUUUUAAAUCGGCGACAUCAGAGUGGAAAGGGCAAGAUUAAGAAACUCACCCCAGAGCAGGCAGAUGCUAAACGAAAGAAAAUUUGGGUUUCUCUUUCAAAAAAAGAAAUUCCAAAAGCUCACAAGCAGAAGGUUUCAGCCAGAAAAGAAAUGUUAUCACAGUUGAAAAAGUGUGCUCAACAGUGUAUGAAAGAGUCGAGGAGAAAUGCUAUACAGUCUCAGAAAGUCAUGAAAGAAACCCCUCAAAGGGCGAGGCGUCUGACAAGAGAAAUGAUGAUCUACUGGAAGCGCUUUGAGAAGGUGGAAAGGGAGCACCGGAAGAAAGCCGAAAAAGAAGCCCAAGAACAACGUAAAAUAGACCUUGAGUUGAGAGAGGCACGACGACAGCAGAGAAAACUGAACUUCCUCAUCACUCAGACUGAGUUGUAUGCCCAUUUCAUGGCGCGUAAAAUGACAGGAGCCACCGAAGCUAAUAGAGACAAUAUUCUGUCCAAGCUCGAUGAGCGACGACCAGAGAGGAAGCAUGAGGUUAAGGGCGGGCUGCUAGUGGACGAGGAAGAGGAUGACUAUGACAGUGAACGGCUGAAAGAGGUGGCUUUGAAAAAUGCUGAAAGUGCUUAUCAAGCUCAUCAAGCCAGGAGGGAAGCCUUUGAUUAUCAUGCUACUCGAAGAAUCCCUUCUGCUGAAGAUCCUUUGAGCUUUGCCAAUCCUUCAAUAAGCUCAGAUGUGGACAAACCUCAGCCAACAAUAUUUGAGGGGAAGUUAAAGGGCUACCAGCUAAAGGGCAUGAACUGGUUAGCCAAUCUCUACAAUCAGGGUAUUAAUGGGAUCUUAGCAGAUGAGAUGGGAUUAGGGAAAACUGUGCAGAGUAUUGCCUUCCUGGCUCAUUUAGCUGAGUACCAAGGCAUAUGGGGCCCAUUUCUGGUGAUAGCGCCUGCCUCUACACUGCACAACUGGCAGCAGGAGUGUGCCCGCUUUCUGCCGCGCUUUAAAGUGGUGCCCUAUUGGGGGAAUACCCAGGACCGUCGUAUACUGAGGAAGUUCUGGGACCAGAAGUGCCUCCAUACAGAGGAAGCUUCCUUCCAUGUUGUCAUCACAAGCUAUCAGCUAGUCAUUCAGGACGUCAAGUACUUCCAGCGCAUAAAGUGGCAGUAUAUGGUGUUAGAUGAAGCCCAGGCUAUCAAAAGCAGCUCCAGCGUUCGAUGGAAGAUCCUGCUGGGUUUUAAUUGUAGGAAUCGCUUGUUACUGACGGGCACCCCGAUUCAGAAUAGCAUGGCAGAGCUGUGGGCCUUGUUACAUUUCAUAAUGCCAACCAUGUUUGAUUCCCAUGAUGAGUUUAACGAGUGGUUUUCUAAAGAUAUAGAGUCUCACGUGGAAAGGCAGUCAGGCAUUGAUGAAAAUCAGCUGUCCAGGUUACACAUGAUCCUCAAACCAUUCAUGUUGAGGAGAGUCAAGAAAGAUGUGGAAAAUGAACUUUCUGACAAGAUUGAAAUCCUGGUAUAUUGUCCUCUAACAACUCGUCAGAGGCUGCUGUACCAGGGGGUGAAGAACAAAAUCUCAAUAGAGGAUCUGAUAAGCUCCACAUCUCAUGCCUCGCAGGCCCAGUCCACAACCAGUAGCCUUAUGAACCUUGUCAUGCAGUUCAGAAAGGUGUGUAAUCACCCCGAGCUGUUUGAGAGGAGAGAAGUAAGGUCUCCAUUUUACAUGAGGCUUGAUCCCUACCACAUGCCUAAACUCAUCUUCAGGGACGGUCUCUUAUCCACCAGCAUCCCCAGCAAAGAUCAUCUAUUGUUUAAUAGGCUCUUCAUCUUCUCAUCAGAUCAUAUUCAUCACUCAUUAUUUCCUCCAGGACACACAGGUGAGAUAUUUACAGGACAGACAACUUACACCUUAUUCUCCUUCUCGCGUUUCAUUGAUAUGUCUCCAGCAGAAUUGUCCAACGUGAUGUUGUCAGGCCUCCUAGUCCGGUGGCUAGCAGUGUUCAUCUGGCUGAAGACAGCUUACAGGAUACAUCACCAGCAGGAGUGGGGAGACAAGCACAGCCGUAAUCUUGUCAACAAACAGUUGUUACUGGAGCCUUGCAGGACUACCUACUUCACCAAUAUCAAAAGCAGUCCCCACCUGAGUCAGCUGGUGUUCACAAGCCCUACCAGUCAGUUCUUCUCUCACGGAAAUCAUGAGCUACACUACAUGCCAGAGACGAUCAGCCAUCGGCAGGUGCGACUCAAACACCUGAGAGCCACUGUUCUGGCAGGAAUGACCAGUCCUAAGAAAUCCCCUCUCAGCCCACCACACUCACCAAAUAAGUUGGAGGCGAUCCACUUGCCUGUUCAUCCACACAAGCUACGAGCCCCACGACUACUGCGCUGUCAGCCCACUACGCUACCCCCCUACCUAUACUACGGCUGUGUCAAAGUACAGGUUGAGAGCAGUGCUAGAGAGUGGAAAUGCUCUGACAAAAGUGCAGCCUUGGUAAACCUGCGAGAGCAGUUAGUGGGGACUCUAGAGGCGCGUAACUGUCUGCUGUAUGGCACCCAGGAACUGUACCUGGAGAGCAGGUGGCCUACGCACUACUUCCAAAGUCAGUCAGCAGGCGGCCUCAACGGAGCGUGUCCCCGACAUGGCUGGUCCAGUGUGUACGUGCCUGACAAGGAAACAUUGAUCACGGAUGCAGGGAAGCUUCACGUGUUGGACUCACUGUUACAGAGGCUGAAGGAUGAGGGUCACCGAGUGCUCAUCUACUCCCAGAUGACUAGAAUGAUUGAUAUACUGGAGGAGUACAUGUGGUACAGAAAGCACACCUAUAUGAGACUGGACGGCUCCUCAAAGAUCUCUGACCGCCGCGACAUGGUGGCCGACUUCCAGUCCCGCUCCGACAUUUUUGUCUUCUUACUGAGCACCCGGGCAGGUGGACUGGGGAUUAACUUGACCGCUGCUGACACUGUGAUAUUUUAUGAUAGCGACUGGAACCCGACGGUAGAUCAGCAAGCCAUGGACCGUGCUCACCGCCUGGGUCAGACCAAACAGGUGACUGUCUACAGACUGGUGUGUAAAGGGACUAUAGAGGAGAGAAUUCUGCAGCGUGCCAAGGAGAAGAGUGAGAUUCAAAGGAUGGUAAUAAGUGGAGGUAACUUCCGCCCAGAUACCCUCAAACCAAAGGAAGUGGUCUCCCUUCUCAUAGACGAUGAGGAAAUGGAGCAUAAAUUAAAACUUAGACAGGAUGAAAAAUUGAUGAAAGAGGAAAAUUUGAAGGAAAAAGAUCGCAAAAGAAAGAGAGAGAAAUAUGCUGAAAAAGUGAGGAAAAAGGAUGCCAAGAAGACCAAAAAGGAAGAAAACAAUGUGACGAUCCCCGCCCCUGAUACAGAGUCUCUAGCAGAUUCCAUGCCCCUGUCUAUGCCUGGCAGUCCCCAGAGUGAGGUCAGUUUCAGCUUAAUAAUCCUCGGGGCUCAGGAUGACAGCAGUAAUGACGCCCUGGUCAUCGUGGACGACGCCCACAAUUCCUUCCCCCCAGUGUCCGCCAGUGUUAACAAGCCAGUCACCGGCAAAAGAGGUUCUGGUCGGGGCAGGGGCCGCCCCAGGGGUUCUAGUCUGGGGCGACGUCCUCGUGGACGAGGAGGGGCCAAGAAAGCCUUGUCUGCUGCAGAGAUAGCAGGUGCACAGGCUGGUAUGACAGCAGCAUAUAGGGCGUAUGGCUAUAACUUCACAGGUAAAUCAAGAGGUGGACGGGGAAGUAAAAAUGGAGGGAUGCCGAGAGCAGAAAACCCACCUUUCAAAGAAUCCACGUGAAAAUACACUUGAAUGGAGAGAUACCACCUCCUAGGUUAACCAGCUGAUGAAUGGAUAAAACAACCUCACUUGCAAGAGUGCUCUAAGGAGAACAUUUCCUCCUUAUCCAGAAAAUAUAAAUAGUACCAUAUUGGUAUGAAAACAAAUGUACAUACAGAGCUUUUUUAUUUGCAUAUAAAGCAACUGAAAGUUCAGUAAUCCGUAUACAAAUCUAUUUUUCAUCAGUGACUUAAGCAACCAAAGCAUAGUUAAGCUGUUUUAGUGUCAGGUGAUCAGCUUGUGUUUAGGUGGAGGAAAAAAACUAUUACUAUUAUUAGUAAGUGGACAAUUUGGUGCUGUCAUUACAGAAUGUUGGAUUUGUUGUUCAGCCUUUCCAAUGUUAAAAGGUGUUAUUACACGGUGUAGUUCUGUUCACAAAGUCACUUACUGGUACAUUUAAAAUAUGGACAACUUGCUUAUUUCCUUUCAACAUGUUCAGAUGGUAAGCCUAUUGAAAAAUGAACCUUUCCAGAUAAGGUUUGUGAUUCUUUGACUUAUUGGCGGAUUGCUUAGAUCAGAUUUAAGCACACACAACUGACCGGUCUUCUACAUCUUAAGUCACAUAGGAGGUUCAAACCAGGCACUAUACUUUUUCCCACUGUCCGCUGUGGGUCUCCGGUGACAAU